AGGGCACGUGCGCAAUGGCGGAUGGAAUGGAAAAAGAAGAAGUGAUUGACAACGAAAAUGAGAACGAGGAAUCCGAUAGUGAGGACGAGGUGUUCCUUGACCCAGAAGCCGAUGGUGGAAGGAGGAUUGUUGAGCUGGAGGGCCAAGACAUGGACGAGGACGAGGACGAGGAAAUGGAAGAAAUGCAGGGAGAAGACGACGAUGAUGAAGCUGGGCAGGAUGUAGACGAGGAGGCAGAGGAAGAGGAAGAGGAGGAAGUUGAAGAUGUGUCAGCAUCAAAGUUGAUCGGACACACAGAUCCAGUCUACUCAGUUGCCGUUCAUCCUACCAUGGCUGACAUCAUCGCCACGGGCAGCGGCGAUGACACGGCGUCCAUUUGGAGCAAGUCGACGGGAGAGAGGAGGGUGUUGGCCGGACACUCCGACACAGUCGUGUGCGUCGCCUUCAAUGCGAGCGGGUCGAUGCUGGCGUCGGCCGGCAUGGACGGGCUGGUAAAGAUCUGGAACCCGAUGGACGGCUCGCUGCUGAGGACGUUGGAAGGACCGUCGGAGGACAUCACUUGGAUCAACUGGCACAGCAAGGGUGACGUCAUUAUCGCAGGCAGCUCUGACAUGUCGAUCUGGAUGUGGAACGCGGCGACCGGGGCGUGCAUGACAGUCCUGAGCGGCCACAGCGACAGCGUCACAUGCGGGCAGUUCACAGAGGACGGGAAGCUAGUCAUCACCGGCUCGGCAGAUUGCUCAGCUCGCAUCUGGAACCCCAAGGACGGCAGCUGCCUGGUGAACCUUUCGGACCCGAAGAACGCCGGGCACUUCCAUCAAGGGGGGGUGACAUGCUUGGAUACCAAAGGCGAUCUCCUCCUCACGGGUAGUGAAGACUCUACGGCAAUCCUCACCACCAUCCACUUCGGAGCCGACGGAACUCCCACAGCCAAGGUCGUCACCACCUACAGGCAGCACACUGACGGCGUGGAGAGUGUCGCCAUCGCACCUCGCACACACUAUAUAGCGACAGCAAGCCUGGACAGUAAGAUUUUCGUCUACGAGAUGAACCAUGACGUGCCACGGUACAUGUGCCAGCAUCGCGCAGGGGUCACGAAGAUCGCAUGGCAUCCUACACGCGACAUGCUUCUCUCCACCAGCCUUGACAAGACUCUCAUGGCAUGGGACGGCAAGACUGGGUCUUGUCUCGCACGAUUCACAGGGCAUAAGAACGCUGUCAUGGACGUGGCGGCGUCGCCUGUAGACAACCAUCUUGUGUCUGGUGGCGAUGAUAACUUAGCUCUUGUAUGGCAACUGUAAAUGUCACUAUGAACC